AUGCCAAAGUUUUUACGAUUGAAACUCGCUAAUCCGGAAUUAAUAUAUAGUCGAGCUUAUUGGAAGUGCCAAGUUGUGCUUUUAAAGGAAGAAAUUUAUUUAAAAAAAUGUAAAAUUAACUAUUUGUUGAGAAUACAAACGAAUUUUUAUGAAGAGUUAAGAGGUUUAUUUCCUGAAGGUGUUAUGAAAAGAAUUGAUUUUAUUAUCGAUGAAGUUCAAUUAAAAGAACAGGAAACUAAAUAUCGUCGUCAUUAUAGGAAAUUUAAUAAUUUAUUAAAUGCUAUAUAUAUACAACAACAACGAAGAGAAAAUUUUCGUAAAUUUUUAAAUGAACAUCCGAUGAAUCAAAUAAUUAAAAAUAUUGAUGAUAAUGAUAAUGCUCAUAAUAAUCCUGACAAUGAUGAAAGUACAGUUAAUGAUGCAAAUGCUAAUGGUGGUAAUAAUUCAAAUGAUAAUGAUAAUAAUGAUGAAAGUGAACCAAAACUAGUAUGGAAUUUAUCGGAUCGUGAACUAACUGAAGAAGAAGUUUAUGUUUUAGAAAAAGGAUUGUCAUCUAAUCGUCGUGGUACAAUUAACCAUUUUGAAAUUAUUUCUAACGUGGAAUAUUUAUUUUAUCAGUCAUCUAGCGUCCGGAAAGAGCAAACUAGUUUUCAGAAAUUGGAUGAAGAUCCGGAUGAUUUGAAAGCUGCAACAGAAAAAUUCUUUAAUGAAGCUCAACAGUCAUUUAAUCGAAAUAGAAAUACAACGCUUGAUGAUAAACAUGAAGAACAAUUAUUAAGAAAUUUAUCGAAAGAUCCAUCUAUUGUAACAACUAGGCCUGAUAAAGGUAAAGGUGUCGUGGUAAUUUAUCGUGCUGAUUAUAUUGAAAAAUUAGAACGAAUUUUGAGUGAUACAUCAAAAUUUCGGUUGGUAGAGAAAGACCCAACUGGUUGUCGUGAAGCUGCACUAACAUCUCUUUUAAGAAGAAUGAAGAACGAAGAAUAUUUAACUGAACAAGAAUAUCGAUUUGUCAAACCAGUAGGUUCAAUUCCAGCACGAUUAUAUGGAUUACCGAAAGUACACAAGGUGAAUACUCCUCUUCGACCUAUUGUAUCUUGUGUACAAUCAUACAAUUAUCGUCUGGGAAAGUUUCUAGCAGAUAUUAUCAAGCCUCUACGAGACAGUAAAUAUUCAUUCAAAAACAACGAUGGAUUUUUAAAAUUCUUAAAACAAAAUUCAUCAUUAUCAACAAACAAAAUGAUAAGCUUCGACAUAGAAAGUUUAUUUACAAAUAUACCAGUUGGUAGAACAAUUGAUAUUAUAUGUUAUAAAUUAUAUUGUACUGAUCCAAAACUACGACUUUAUAUUCCUGAACAUUAUUUUCGUCAAAUGUUAGAAUAUGCUACAAAAUGGACUCAUUUUCUCUUCAGUGGCAAAUAUUACGAUCAAUGUGAUGGAGUCUCGAUGGGAACUCCACUAGCAGCAGUUUUUGCAGAAACUUUUAUGACGGAUUUUGAGCAAAAACAUUUACCUGGUAUAUUAGAUGGACGAGCACCUAAACUAUUAGCAUGGUGUCGUUACGUGGAUGACACCUUCACCAUUGUCAGGCCUGAUGAAGAUGGAGACCAAGUUCGUGAUCUUUUAAAUAUUUUUGAUCCUUGUAUUAGAUUUACAGUUACACCAGAAGUCAAUGAUACUAUAGCAUUUCUUGAUGUAAUGGUGAAACGAAACAACAAAGGAUUCAACACCAUAGUAUAUAGAAAGGAAACAGCAACUAAACUGAUGUUGAAAUGGAACAGUUUAAUUCCAACAGCAUAUAAAAAGUCAUCUAUUUAUCCAUUGGUAAACAGCUAUUCGAAAUUCAAUGGUUAUCCAUCUAACUUUGUACAAAGUAUAAUAAACAAACAGUUGAACAAAUAUUACCAAACAAAAACAAAAGAGAAUUUAAUACCAACAACAUCAACUGAAAUUAAAUACAGAUAUAUACGAAUUCCUUAUGUCGGCAAACUAAGUUAUGUUUAUUCAAAGAAACUCCUGUCCAUUAUCAAACGAUAUGAUCCAAUAGCACAAGUGAGAACAACAUACAAUACAACAAAUCAAACUCGACGACACUUUCCAACCAAAGAUCAAUUAAAACCAAAUCAAAAAAGCGGUGUAGUGUACCAAGUAUCCUGCUCAAAUUGCAUCAAAACUUAUAUUGGUAAAACCAUAAGACAAAGUUAUCGACGCGUCAACGAACAUGAAAAAGAUGUCGUUAAAGCGCUCAUCUUUAUCCACCAGGCAUCUUCUAUAAUUCGAAAGCGAAAAACCAUCAAACAGCAUUUGAACACUAUCAAAGGUCAACUAAUCAGUCAUAACCCAAAAAUUCUUCCACUAUCAAAUCCACCACAAAAUGAAAAUCUCCUCCACCACCAUAAUACAUUUCGUUAA